AUGCCACCUGACCAUCAUGGCAAAUCAUCUGUUGUAGAAAUGAUAGCGACUUGUAAAGGAAGAGAGAUUGCACAAGAGUAUAUUGCAUUGAAUAGGAAAGAGCUGCAAGAGACGAGUGUUGCUGUGAUGUUUGGAAUACUUCUGUGUGACAUAGGACAAUACGAUAAAGCCCAGACGUACUUUGAGAUUCUGCUGCGAAAUCCAGGAUUAGAGGAUAUUGCGUACAUUCAGUCUGGCCUUGGUCUUGCUUACGCCCUCAAAGGCCAACAUACUAAAGCACUGGAACUGUACGAGUGCGCGUAUGAGCUCAUGAUGAGCUCAAGGCAUCCACGUGUCAAAGAGUCAGCCAGCGUACUUCAUAAUAUUGCAAAUGUUUAUCGUGUCAGAGCCCAAUACGAUCGCGCUUUACAAUAUUAUGACAGAAGUCUAAAGAUAAGAGAACAACAUUUCCCAGCUGAUCAUCAACAUGUUGCACUCAGUCUAACUAAUAUCGGUAAAACUUACGAAAAUAAAGCCGAAUAUGAACGUGCUUUAGCAUAUUAUGAGAGAAGUCUAAAGAUAAGAGAAAAACGUUUGCCAGCUGAUCAUCCACAUAUUGCUAGUAGUCUGAAUAAUAUUGCCGGUAUUUAUACCCAAAAAGGCCAGUAUGAUCGUGCUUUGGAAUAUUAUAAGAGGAGUCUAAACAUAACACAAAAAUCUCUGCCAGCUGAUCAUCCAGACACUGCAACCUGUCUGAGUAAUAUCGGUAAUGCGCAUAAUAAUAAAGCCGAGUAUGACCGUGCCUUGGAAUAUUAUGAGAGAAGUCUAAAGAUAAGAGAAAAACGUUUGCCAGCUGAUCAUCCAGAUAUUGCUAGUAGUUUCAAUAAUAUUGCCGGUAUUUAUUAUCGAAAAGGCGAGUAUGAUCCAUCUUUGGAAUAUUAUGAGAGAAGUCUAAAGACAAGAGAAAAACGCUUGCCAGCUGACCAUCCAGAUAUUGCCAGUAGUCUGAAUGAUAUUGCCGGUAUUUAUUACCAAAAAGGCGAGUAUGAUCGAGCUUUGGAAUAUUAUAAGAGAAGUCUAAGUAUAAGAGAAAAACGUUUGCCAGCUGACCAUCCAGAUACUGCUAGUAGUCUGAAUAAUAUUGCCGGUAUUUAUACCCAAAAAGGCGAGUAUGAUCGUGCAUUGCAAUAUUAUGAGAGAAGUGUAAGGAUAAGAGAAAAAUCUCUGCCUCCUGAUCAUCCAGACAUUGCCACCUGUCUGAGUAAUAUCGGUAAUGCUUAUAAUAAUAAAGCCGACUAUGAUCGUGCUUUGAAAUAUAACGAGAGAAGUCUAAGUAUAAGAGAAAAACGUUUGCCAGCUGAUCAUCCAGAUAUUGCCAGUAGUCUGAAUGAUAUUGCCGGUAUUUACUACGAAAAAGCCGAGUAUGAUCGUGCUUUGCAAUAUUAUGAGAGAAGUCUAGAGAUAAGGGAAAAACGUUGGCCUGCUGAUCAUCCGGAUAUUGCUAGCAGUCUGAAUAAUAUUGCCGGUAUUUAUUACCAAAAAGGCGAGUAUGAUCGUGCUUUGGAAUAUUAUAAGAGAAGUCUAAAGAUAAGAGAAAAACGUUUGCCAGCUGAUCAUCCACAUAUUGCUAGUAGUCUGAAUAAUAUUGCCGGUAUUUAUUAUCGAAAAGCCGACUAUGAUCGUGCUUUGCAAUAUAACGAGAGAAGUCUAAGUAUAAGAGAAAAACGUUUGCCAGCUGAUCAUCCACAUAUUGCUAGUAGUCUGAAUAAUAUUGCCGGUAUUUAUUAUCGAAAAGCCGACUAUGAUCGUGCUUUGGAAUAUAACGAGAGAAGUCUAAGUAUAAGAGAAAAACGUUUGCCAGCUGAUCAUCCAGAUAUUGCUAGUAGUGUGAAUGAUAUUGCCGGUAUUUAUUAUCGAAAAGGCGAGUAUGAUCGAGCUUUGGAAUAUUAUAAGAGAAGUCUAAAGAUAAGGGAAAAACGUUUGCCUGCUGAUCAUCCAGAUAUUGCCAGUAGUCUGAAUAAUAUUGCCGGUAUUUAUACCCAAAAAGACGAGUAUGAUCCAGCUUUGGAAUAUUAUGAGAAAAGUCUAAAGGUACGAGAAAAAUCUUUGCCAGCUGAUCAUCCACAUAUUGCCAGUAGUCUGAAUAAUAUUGUCGGUAUUUAUACCCAAAAAGGCGAGUAUGAUCGUGCUUUGGAAUAUUAUAAGAGGAGCCUAAACAUAACACAAAAAUCUCUGCCAGCUGAUCAUCACAUUGUAACCUAUCUGACGAGGAAACCUCACCAACUGAUACACUCCGUUUGA